UUCUCACACCCAACCCUACUCGGCAAAAGAUCGGCGCGGUGCUGCAUUACUCUGCAUUUCGUAUUUCGUAUUUGACAGUUGACAACGAGAGACGCUCGGGCGCGCACAAGCAGUUAACUUAGACCCGACGGCGACGCGUCGCAGCCGUCGUUCGUCGUCGCUUUCGCGUUUCCCUUUUGUUUUUUUUUUUUAUUUCGCUCGCGGGUGUAAUUGCGAUUAUGAACGAGACCUUCAAAUUCUCCGAAAUGCAACGCACUAAUAUCGAGUUUGAACGUCAGCGUCAUUUGGCCAAUUGGCUGGUGAAGAGCAGUCCGCACAUGGCAGCAGCAGCAGCGGCAGGAGUAUCCACACCCCCAUUAGGGGCUGUGGCAAACACGGCAAAUACUGGAUCAACAGGAGGAGUUGGAGCAGCAGCGGCAGGAGGUGGUGCUGCGCAAGGCGGCGCGCCCAGCAACAGCGUCGCAGCUGCAACAGCAGUAGCAGCUGCAUGUAACGGUGGAGCACCAGCGGGCGCCCAUCCCGGCCACAUUGCUGCCGGAGCGCGCAAGCCCAAGCUGCGGCGCUUUAACUCCCACGACACCAGUUCCAACAUGUUCUCGGUGGCAGAAUUUGAGAACGCCCGACUGGCGCGCCGCAACGAGAUCGAGCUAAACCAGAGGCUGGCCCGACGCCUGCGCAACAGCGCCAACGGCAGCUACGGCCUUGGUUCUGGCUCUGCCGCAGGCGGCGGUUACUCUGGCUUCUGUGGCGCUCUCAACGGCAGCGGCGACUACUCCACCGGCGACAGCAAGGCCUCCAAGGGGAGUAGCGAGUCACAGCAGGAGCCGCUGCCCGCCGACAUAUUCCUCGAGCGGUACUCGCUGCCCCGUGUCGUCCGCAUCGUGCAUGCGAGCAAGAGCUCCAACGAAACCCUGCAGUCCAGCUCCUCGCACGGCUCGUCAACGGCGGCCUCAAGCAGCUCUUCGACGGGACCGAAGCCAGUCAGUGGUGGUCCAACGACCACUAACAAUACCGAUACGGGCACUGGCACCCAUUCAUCCUCCAGCGCUGGGAGCGGCAACAACAACAGCAACAACCGGCCAUGCAGCAACGGGCACGAUGAGCUCUUCCUGCUCUACAGGCUGGUGCGACAACGGAAUAUUUAUCAUGGACACAAUGCCAAGACUCAGGCGUCGCAGCGCAAGAAAACCGUGCUAAUACCACAAGAGUUUCCAGGCUAUUUCUCGCUGCUCAAUGAGAAGGGUCUGCCGACAGCCACGCUGUACAGCUCGCUGAUGCAUUUGGUACGGGAGCGAGUGUACAAGUUCGUUUCGGUGGACAAUAUGCCAGCUUUUACAGAGUCCUCGCCAGCGGGCAGCGCCAGUAGUCCCACUCACGAGGGCUGUUUGCCCGUCAUCAAGGGACGGCCGCAGUAUGUCAAAACGACGGCACGCGGCGGGCAGGUGUUCCGGCUGCUGGCCGUCUUCGAGGAUGGCAAGCAGGAGCAUGGACACGGCCAGGGACAGGGAAACUUGUCCCAGCACGGCAGUGGGAAUAUGGCCAAGUCCCAUUCUAGUGGCUACAUCGGGCGCGAAAAGGAUAAGAACCGAUACGCCCAGUUGCUGAACGAGAAUCGUCAGGUGAUGUACGUCCCCUUGGCCACCAAGGGAAAGUUCUACGAGAUUGAGCCGGGUAUACCGCAGUUGCUGCAGAAGCUGGGCGAUGCUCAGCGCAAGCUCAAUCCGGAGUGUGUGCACCGAUUGGGGGCACUGGUGACGGCGUCUAAGCUGUUGCCAGUGACCCUGCGCUACAUGUCGGGUCCCGCCGGACCGGAGAUACCCGAACAGCUGUGCAUCAGUCAGGUGGCCAAGGAGGAUGUGGCCGUUGGCUGCCCCAUCGAGGACGUGGACACGCAGACGCCGCUGCAGCUGAGGAAGUUCUACCCCAGUCGAGACAUGCAGCUGAUCAAGAGUUACCUGGGCUUCGACUCCGAGCAGAGAAUGCUGGCCAACACCAAUGUGCAGAACAUGCUAAAGUUCUGCCAGUUUAACUGCGAUCAGUUCUUGAGGCUGGUGGAGGUGGAGCUGGUGCAGCGUUCGGAGCGCUCUGGCAGCAAGAGCCGGGAGGGCCUCAGGAUCCUGAAGCCCCUUCAUUUGCCUAGGAUUUUGAGACGGGAGAAGAGCUCCAUGGCGGCGGCCCACGAAAAGGAGGAUUCGAUUAUAUUCCUUAGCAAAACUGAUUUGGAAAAUCUAGAGGCCAAGGAAGCGGCAGCGGCAGCAGCAGCUGCCUCCGGGGCGGAUGCCGGAACCAAUCGCAUCUCGGAACGCAUGAAGGUGUUUCAGUCCACCAAGAAGAAGUGGUUCGGCAAGCAACAACAGCAGCACCAUGAGAAGCAGCAACCCGAUUCGGAGCUGGAUGUACAGGCCAAGCGAAUGAGCAUGGAACGCUAUACGGACAUGUCGAAGCUGCUGCAGGCGCGGUUCGGCUCAGAUCACGAGCAGCCAGAGCGGGAUGCCAUCUCUUUGAAUAGCGGCGGAGCCUCCGAUACGGAGACCACAACUCUGACCACCAUAGAGCCCAAGUCCUUGGACACGCUGCUGCAAAAGUCCAUGUCGCUGCAGGACAUCGAGCUGCUGAAUGGCCAGUGCAAGCCUCGUCCCGACCUGCUGGUCACACACAGUCACACAGAUGCCAUCAGCGAGGCGGGCACCGAACCGGAAGAUGUGGAGAAUCAGACGCCGCCGCCGCAGUCGUUCAUCACCGAGAAGCUCUAUAAUGAGUUUCACGUGAAGACGCGGCAGUACAGCAAGUCCUCGUCGAGUCUUCACCAAAUGCGUCACUUCUCGCUGCCCCAGAAGCUGCAACUCCACGAGGAGGCGGAGCAGGAGGAUCGCAGUCUGAUGCAACUGAAGGCGCACCAGCAGUCCCUGACCAAGCAGCCCGUUACGGGCAGACGGGCGGCGGGCGGAGUCUGCCUGCUGGGAGGCGGAUUGAACAAUAUACCGUCCCCGGCACCGAUCUCACCCUUCUCCCUGGUGGAAGACGAUCUGCCCUACUCGAGUGUCCGCGACUCCUUGGUCAUGGUCAGCGAUGGCAGUCUGCAGCCACAGGUUUCUGUAAGGUCGCGCACCCCAGUGGACUAUACCAAGGAGAAUAUUUAUGCGGAGAUCUGUCCCUCGCACACCCUAGACACGUUCUCGGGAGCCACACAGUUUACCCAUGUGCAGGAGGAUGGCGAUGGCGAUGGGGAUGGUGAUGGUGAUGGGGACUACGCCUCCCUCAGGUAUCCGGCCAGUGGACCUCAGUCCGUCAGUCGCAUCGAGAUCAACGGUGGGGCAUCUAAGAGCGCCAUCAGCUACCACACAGUGUACUUGGGCGAGGAGCCGCUGGGGGAGAGGCAUGCCGCGCAUAUUACCACCGUAGAGCUGGCCGGUGAGGACAACAUAUACAAUACGCUCAAAUGAUGACUAAUGUGAUUCCGGCGACGUAAAUUAGCCGGCGCAAAGGGACUGUUUUAAGGCACGUGGAGAUGCAGAUAGAAAUGGGGCAAGCAAGUAGAAAUCAUUCAUUCAUAUUAUAAUAUAGUAAGUAAUAGCUCGUGGAAGGGAAAGGUCUCAUACUCGAACUGAAUCAAAAUAUCAUUCAAAAUCAAUCUCUUGGAUCCCGAAAUGUAUUUCCAAGUAUUUGAGACUUUGUUAGGACAACGGAAAGAGCAAAGAGACUUCUUGGGGCAGCUCGAACUGAACUGAUAAUUGAAUAUACAUUAUAAUUUGAAAUCUUUUUGUACACAGUCUCCAAAGGGCAGUCUUGUAAUCUCUGAAAGCAAAUGAAUUUAUGUUUUAAUUUGUAUGAAACGUUCUUAUUCUUAAACAAUUUGUCCAUAAAACCACACAAAAACUGUAUUAUCAUCAUAUAUUUUUGAUCAUAGUUUUAUCAAGGAAUACAACAUAUAAUUUUCAUCGAAUUUCCGCUAAUUUUCCUUGCUUGCCCUCUGAUUGAGACGCAAACAAUCUGAAAAUUGAUGGCGCUAUAGCACAAAAUGAGAAAUUGAGGUAUUUUGAAUAUUUCACGUUUAUCUUUGUCAGAGAAAGUGGAAAACUUCUUGGUUCAAAAAUCAAAAAAGAAACAUCCAAGAAAAUGAGUAACGAAAAGGAAAUCUCUGUCAUAAAAAGAAGAAGUAUAUAUAAUAUAUAUAUAUAUAUAUUUGUAGCAAUUAGUGUUAGUUAUUAGCAUAUGGAACAACUUUGUAAAUGAGACGUCCCUGUGGGCGACGAAAAACCCCUAGAAAUGACAACUCAAAUUGUAAUAUUAUUAUAAAAUCAAGUGAAGACAAGCAAUUUGUAUUGUACAUACGAGUAUAUACUAAA